AUGAUGCUUCGCAUCGGCGUCGCUCUGAUGAGUGGCCGUACAGCCUGGGUGAGCUUGGACGCAGACUGCACCGUUCAGGAGCUGCGCCGGCAAGCUCAGCUUGGACUUGGGGUGCAUCUCGACCGCCUCUUCUCCGGAGACUCCACUCGAGCCAAAGCCCUGCAGGCUUUGCCCAACACAAGCACCCUUAAGAACACAGGCCUGCAUGACGGACAGGUGGUAACCGGCAGCGUCAGAGAGACCAAGAUCGCAUCAUACCUAGGAUCCUGUCUCUCGCCAGUCCGGUCCUUCACCUUGGAAGACUUGUAUUCGCCCUUCGAUGCCUUGGCGAUUGUGGGGGAAGAUGGAAGCAUUCGAAUCUGCAGCAACGAUCCGUUCCCUGCGUCCGAUUCCAUAUGCGGCGUGCAGCAUGUCACAGCGAGUUCGAUAGCUUUUGCAGCCAUUCAAGAAGAUGGUCGAGUGACUGCCUUCGGAGACCCAGAUGCUGGAGGUGACGUAAAAUCUGUGCAGGAUCGGCUCGAAGAGGUGCAGAUGAUCCUCUCUACGCACCGUGCAUUUGCUGCCCUUCGCAGCGACGGCCAUGUUGUAGCCUGGGGCGAUCCUAUGUAUGGAGGAAGCUGCGAAGGUGUCCAGGAGCAGUUACACGGCGUCAAGAUGAUCCAAUCCAAUGUCAGCGCUUUCGCAGCCAUUUGCGAAGAUGGGCAGGUGACUGCCUGGGGAAAUCCAGAAGAUGGUGGUGAGUGCAUGCAAUGUGUUAGCGACGUGACCACUAUCUGUGCUGCCAACCAUGCCUUUGCUGCUGUACGUGCGGACAGGAGUUUGGUCACCUGGGGCAGCAAGCUGUAUGGCGGUGAUAUUGCCGACAUUGCUUCCGGGUUGGAGGUUGAAGAUGUACAGGCCGUGUGUGCUUCAGGCAAUGCAUUUGCAGCUAUUUGCGGUGGUGGAGCUGUGGUGGCAUGGGGCUGCCCAUAUUCCGGGGGAAGCACACGCGGUGUUCAGGAGCAACUAACCAGCGUGCGAUCAUUGCAAGCAACGGACUCCGCUUUCGCUGCAAUCGGUGAUGGUGGAAGUGUAGUAACCUGGGGCCAUGCCCAGCAUGGUGGUGACAGCAGCUCUGUGUGUGGGCUGCUCCAAGACAUCGAGGAUAUACAAGCUACGACAGGAGCUUUCGCCGCUAAAAAGCUCGAUGGCACUGUGCUGACAUGGGGCCAUGAUCGCUCCGGCGGAGAUACCAGCCAUCUCCAAGAGAAACUCAAAAAUGUGCAGCAUGUUUGGGCAAACCAAUCAGCUUUUGCGGCCUUACGCGAGGACGGUCGUGUUCUCACUUGGGGAGAUGCGAACUUUGGAGGUGACAGUACUGGAGUUCAAGAUCUCUUGGUUGACGUGCGUGUGAUUCACGCAUCCGGCAAGUCCUUCGCCGCAGUACGACACGAUGGAAGCGUAGUUACUUGGGGUCUUGUUGGCGAAGCCACAUACCCGAAGAAUCUGUAA